AUUUGGCCUUAAGGUGGAUUUAGAUAUGCUUCUCAGAUUUAAAAAAAUGGGAAGAAAUGGUAUCCUGCAAUAUUAAUUAGAUAAUGCAUAUUCUGCUUCUCUGAAAGGGAAGUAGCCCAAGGAGACAAGAAUUUAUGUUCUCGGCAUAUCCUGCUUUUUUGAUGUUCCAGGAGGGCAGUAUUGCACAGGUUAGAGACCUGUUCACCCAGUUACAUUUAGUUAUUUUCAGGUAGACUUCUAUAUGUACAAAGCACAAUGGGUAAAUCUGCUGAAAAAUUCCUCUAUACAGAGGACAAUCUUUUGUUUUAAACUCUUUAAUAAUGUAAAUCUUAGCAGCUGUUUUUACAUAACAAGGAGUAAUAUAACCAGGGAGAUGGAGUAACUAUUUUAAUAAGAGAGCAAAUCUGUGAACUGAAAGUUAGUUUCCAAGGAAUCCAGUAGACAUCUUUAGACACCAGUUAAUGAUAAAAACAAUCUUUACAUUUAUACAUACUCAAACCCUUUCGAUGCUCUCCUGAAAAUGUGGAACUCCUACAAUUCUAAUGCCACAAUAAAGCAAUGUUUACUGUCAAUUAUGACUUUGAGGUAUUAAAGUACCAUCGCUAUUACUGUAUGAAUACACAUGCUAUUCUUAUUUUUGUCCUUUUGUUUCUGCUCAUGAGGAUCACAAUCUUAAGUCACUUCUGGAAUUAGCGUUUUAGUCUCUAACAACUAUGAAAUGUAUUGCUUGGUACUUAAAAAGUUGUUACAGUAUAUAUAAGUUCCUCACACAAAUUAAGGAGUUGGGGAGGGGAAGGCAAGGAGAAAGGUGAGCAGGAAAAGGGUAAUGGGAGAAACAAGAAAUGAAUGAGUGAAAUGAAUUAUGAAAGGGAGACAGGAGAAAUAAAAGAGCAAGAAGUGAUGCACAGCUUUAAGACUAACAAUUUAUAUUCAUUCCAUGAACCCUACCCCUCCCUAUCCACCCCCCAUUCCCUCCAGCUGUUAGGAGGAGCAGACAUAAGACACAGCUUGUAGUUGAAGCUAGUGUGUCAGGGAUGAAAAUAAGAAAGAAAAUUCUAAAUUUUGAGUUUCAUUGUUGCCUUUCGGGUGAGGCAAUGCUAGUCUGGAUGUUCCAGCAGUAUCUGUACAGCAUCCAGACUAUCAUGGAAAAACGUAUUAACUACUUGAACUGACAACUGAGUUCUAGUUUCAAGAGCCUUUGGUCCUUGUGGUGUCCUAUCUAGUUAUCAGUUUUCUAGAUGAGAUAGCAUCUGCAUUUUUUAAAUACAGGCACACAAGCAAACUGUAUGAAACCUUUCAGCCUUCCCCAAUACCAGACACCAUCACCAUCAGCUGUGUGAACAUUUUCAAAUGGGUACCUUUGUGCCUUCUCCCUUUCUAUCCACUACACUUGGGAGGAAACCUUCAUGAACAUCCAUUAAAACUCUCCUCAUCCAGAUCCAUCCUUUACAUGAUGCCUAUAAAAACAUAAUAGCUAAGCUGCUUGUGUACUGAGACAUUAGCUAUUAUGCUGACCAGAACAAGUUAAUACAUCAAAAAGCAGCAGAAUAGGGCCCAGAUGCCUUUUCAGAUCAUCUAUAAAGAAAAAUAGUCUCAUUAUAUUGGAAGAGCUGAACUAAAAUUGUAAUUCAAUACGCCAAAUGUCCAUGGACAUGUGCCUGCAUGUGUGUCUAUGAACUAUAUUUAGAUGUACAGUCUAUAAAAAGUUUCAGUGCAAAACGAUCAGCAGGAGUUGGAUCCCUGAUCCACGCUAUCUUUGACAGCCCCAGAAGAGGAUCAAGCACGAUUCCAACCUGUUCAAAUUUUAUUUCUUCUAUCCUUGUUCCCCAUGAAGAUGACUAAAGAGGCCAUCUCUCUGCACUCCCUGAACAAGACAUUAAACAGAAUAGAAAACAAACUGCAGACCUUAGAGAAUAAAUUCAAAGAGCUGGAUUCAACCCUAGAGAAACUGACCCAGAAGUUUGAGAUUCAGGGCACGUCCUUGGAGGAGCAAGUGAGCCAGGAUGAAAUGUGGACAUCACUGCUGGAGGACAGGUUCACUUCAGUGGAAAUAAAACUCUUCUACAGCUAUGUUAGUGAAACAAUUAGCUGCUUGCACAAUCAGGUGACACAGAAGCUGCCAGAUCUAGCAAGAAGUCUUCCUACCUUAGCCUCUAUACUGAGGCGCAAAAGCAAGAACCAGAGAAUUAGACUGGUAUGGGAGUCAGUGCUGGAGAGUCUGGGGCUGCAAGAAGGACACGUCAGAGCCCUCUGUACUUUUUUCAUCACACACAGCUUUGAAGCACAGUACUACCCUGUCUACUCAGCUAACCAGAGACAAAAGUAUACCGGUGAUAUCAUCACCAUGAUAACCAAGGUGGUGAAGAACCAGAUGCUGCAAGAGAGCCUGCUAUGUGCUGUUCAGGUAGUAGAGAAUGGGAAAGCAGAAAAAAAAGUUGCUUGGGAUCAGUAAUGCUCAACCUCUGACCCAUGGACCAGAUCUGGCCUGUGGGACCGUCAUCUGGCCUGUGUGACUCCCUACGGUCCAGAAAUUUGUAGAAGUGCGCUGAUAUAUCAGUCCAUAUUGGAUCGGCGCUGAUAAAAGGAAAACUGACAUUAUUGACAAUCGGCUUUUUUUUUUAAUUUAUUGUAGCCGGUAAUGUCAUUGAUAAAUGCCAUGUCCAUGCAUUCAGCUGCAGCAUGCACAUGGCCAGGAAUGCAGCCCAGCAGUGUGGAGACCAUUGUCUGGCCGGGGGGGAAACUGGCAUGGUGGAGACAGAUCUAGGCUCCCAUGGAAAGGCAGGGAAUGGGGCUGCGGCAGGGCUCAGAGGGGGGGGCACUCCCCACCACUGCACACACCCCUGGGGAGGCAUGGGGGGCAUGUGCCCUCCAAAUUUGUGGAUGGGGUAGGG